AUGCCUUCAAGCCGCGUACGACAACCGAGCGCCAAAGCAAGGGCAGCAGCGGGAGAAGCCUCGUUGUGGUCAGGUCCUGUUGUGUCGACUCCCAAGGCUACAGCGUCGAUGGCGACCUCGACGGGCUCACGCUCCCGCACGGUGACUACUAGUGCGACCUCGUCCUACUCCGCGGCGGCUGCGACGAGGAAGAGCGCUAGGGGGAGAGGGAAAGGCAGCGACACAGCCGCAACAGGGGAAGAUGAGCACGUACUCAACAACGGACACCCGGACGAUGACGACGACGAGGAACACAAAGACGAUGCCGCAAGUGACGACGAGGAACCGCACGGAAUGCACGCGGACGCAAACGAGAACGAGGAUGACGAUGAUCAAGACGAUGCAUACGACGAUCAUAUGGGAAUGUCCAACAGCAAAGAACCCGACUUCACCCUCUGUACGUCUCCGCACGAGCCACGACUGGCUGCUAGCCCCGCCUGUCCUACCUCCGAAUGCUGACUCGUUGCUCGGCAUUCGACUCCUUGCGAUGCCACGACCACAGACUGCAUCUGCUUGGGACUCGCGGGUGAACAGCCCAUGAUUCAAUGCGACCAUUGUAGCAACUGGUGCGUUGCCGACGGACCGCCCACCCCGCUCGUUGCGCCUCUAUGUCAGACGGUCUGCUUACUCCCUGAAUACGUCAUGCCCAGGUUCCACUUCUCUUGCGUCGGGAUCGACGAUGACACGGCGGCCAUGAUUGAGUCUUAUUGUUGUGACAUUUGUGCGGGCAUGGGCAAAGGUGUGACAUGUGAGUACCGUUUUUCGCUCUGUUGUGCGGCGAAACUUGUCUUUUCACUCGGACAGCUCGGACCUCGGUCGCGGUCGUACCGCCUUUUCUAUCUGGGCUUGCGGUGGUAUCGCUUCCAUACGCGUGGUGUGGUUCAACUCGCGGUGCCUACCACCAGUCUCAUCAGCGGCUGUUGGGAAGCCCGUCGGCUUGCGCCCCCCCCACCCCCCCCCCCAUGUGGAUGUCGCACCUGAAAGCUCUUUCUAGUGUUGAGUGGUGCUUCAAUGAAACGUUGCCGUGUCGCUCAAGCCCCCCUCGCUAUGGUCGUCUCAUGGAAAGUCAAGAACCAAUCGUGGUCGCACUUGGAGAGACCCCACAUCCCGUUCGCAGCCUUGACUGCAGGCUAG